CCAAAGGGAGGUAAUAAAAAGCCGACAACAUGUCGUAUUCGGAGAAACCAAAUAACGCUAACAAUCCCGUUGUUUUCUUUGAUAUUUCUAUUGGAAACACAGAACAAGGAAGAUUGAAGAUUGAACUAUUUGCAGAUGUCGUACCAAAAUCUGCAGAAAAUUUCAGACAGUUUUGCACUGGAGAAUACAAGAAAGAUGGCAUUCCUAUGGGAUUUAAAGGAUGUACAUUUCACAGAGUGAUAAAAGAUUUCAUGGUGCAAGGAGGAGAUUUUGUUAAUGGUGAUGGAACAGGUAUUUGUAGUAUUUAUGGUGGAUCUGCCUUUGCCGAUGAAAACUUUAAAAUGAAGCAUGUUGGACCUGGUAUUUUAUCGAUGGCCAAUAGUGGAAAAGACAGUAAUGGUUGUCAGUUUUUCAUCACAUCAACAAAAUGUGACUUUUUAGAUGGUAAACAUGUUGUCUUUGGAAAAGUGGUAGAUGGACUGUUAAUUCUGAGGAAAAUAGAAAAUGUUCCGACAGGACCAAAUAAUAAACCUAAAAUAGCAGUUGUAAUAACUCAAUGUGGAGAAAUGUGACGAUCAGAAACAGGAAAUGAGCAAGACCAUCAGUUUUAUAGAUAACAUUGUCUGAUUUAAAUCAGUACAUGGGUCUGUUUCAACGUUGUUGGUCAGAUACUGCAGGGACCAACCAGAAGAUCAAAUAACAGACUUAUCACCAGUAGUACUGAUGCUUUAUAUUGGUAUUGCAAUCAAGUAUGGAAGUUGAAGAAUCAGAAAAUUGUUUUACUAGUUGAUGCAUAUAUCUGUUUAUACAAAUAAAAGAAAUAUCUGUCUUGAUAGAA